AUGCUGUUCCCCUCCGCCGCCGUCGUCGCCGCCUUCGGCUCUCUCGUCAGCCUUGUUUCGGCCCACAACAUCCAGCUCAAGGCCCACUCGCGCGAAUGCUUCCACGAGCAGCUCCAUGCCGAUGACAAGAUGACCGUGACCUUCCAGGUCGGCGACCGCGAGUUUGGCGGCAGCGGCAACCUGGAAAUCGACUUCUGGGUCCAAACCCCGUCGAACAACAUGCAGACCCACGAGCGCAGUGUUUCUUCCGGCGACCACUCCUUCACCGCCCACCAGGACGGCAGGUACACGUACUGCUUCAGCAACGAGCACUGGGCCGCCAACACGAAGGAGGUCUCAUUCAACGUCCACGGCAUUGUCUACGUCCCCGAGUCCGAGGCCCCGCAGGAUCCAUUGGAGAAGGAGGUCCGCCAACUCUCGGAACUCAUCGCUUCGGUCAAGGACGAGCAGGGAUACAUCGUGGUCAGAGAGAGGACGCACAGGAACACUGCUGAGAGCACCAACGCCAGAGUCAAGUGGUGGAGCAUCUUCCAACUGCUCGUGCUGGCCGGUGAGGGUGUCUUUCAGGUGUGGUGGCUCAAGAGGUUCUUUGAGCGCAAUUUCUUUGGAGGAGUGCGCCCCAAGAUUCUCGUGAGAGCAUUCAUCAGCCCGCCGCGCGCUGGUGUGGUCUCGGCCCGAGCUCGCCCGCACGCGUCACGGCAGGCAACGCGCGGGACCCCGACUGCAGCUCCCGCCAUCGCGACAGCCUCGCGCGCAGAAAUCCCCGGCUUCCCUUCUCCUCUCCUCCACCGCCCCGCGAAGCUUUCACAGAGCUGCCAAAUAGCACCGGGAGCUGGCCGCCACACCCCCGCCGACCUUGAUCGCCGCUGUCCACACCUAAUCCGUCCGUGUCGCCGCAACUGGGUCGCAUCGCUGAGCGAAGCUCCGGCAAAGAUGUCACUCCAAUCCUACAUCAACAAGAAGAUCUGCAUCAUCACAGUCGACAGCCGGACGCUGGUCGGGACGCUGCUGUCGUGCGACCAGAUGACGAACCUGGUGCUGUCGGACACGUGGGAGCGCGUCAUCCGCCCCGCUGACGACCCGGAGCCGUCGACCGAGGUGCAGCACGGCCUGUACCUCAUCCGCGGCGACAACGUCGCCCUGUGCGGCCUCGUCGACGAGGAGCUGGACGCGAGCAUCGACUGGGCGCUGGUGCGCGGCGAGGUCAUCGGGACGACGAAGCACGUGUGA